GCACCUGUGGUUUGUGUCCAGCCAAAAAGAUCAACAAGCAACAGCUGGUCAUUCUUGAACAAUGCCGCUAAAGCCAGAAAACGUUAAUAAUUCCAUCCCUGCUCUGGGGUCAGCAUCGAACCGCGUUAGCGGACAAAGAUGAAGAUUUCAAUCAUCUUGUGUUUGAUGAUGGUCGCUGUGUGUGUCCUAGGAGAAAAGGACAUACUCGAGAGAGAAAAGAAGGAUUUGGAGGAAAAGGAGGUAGCCAUCAUUGAAAAGGUGCAACCAAGUUUACUAAUAAAGCGAGUAAGACGGUCAAACCACCAGGCCCUCGAGGAGUGGAAGAAAAGAUGGCGGUCAACUUAUGCAAAAAUUGUUAAAGACCAUAAGGCAAAACGGGCAAAAGAAGCAGCAGAAACACUGAAAAGGGUCAAACUAGCAGCAGAAAAAGUGAAAAAGGCAAAACAAGCAGCAAAAAGAAAGCAACUCAUUGCACAAGCCAAGCAUAAAGCCAGGAAACACCACAAACGAAAAAGGUUAUCACACAAACAGAGAAUGAAAAUGCUACAGAAAUGGCGGAAAUGGCGAAAAGCAAAGGCGCUGAAGGCAAAGAAGAUAAGAGAAGCGAAGUUGAGAAAAGCGAAGCAGGGAAAUCCUUAAGAGGCAAAUGGCGAAAGAUAUAUCAGAUAAAUUCGCUCUGCAAAUAAAACACGAGUAUUAACGCACUCGAUUUUGUCCUAA